AUGUCUGAUGCGGAGAGCUUCAGAACAAUAUUCCAUAACUUUGUCAAAGUUAGAGAAGUAGAGAUAAUUCCAUCAUGCUUCGAAGUUCAGAAAAUUGUGAAUGUUGUUAAAACAUUCACGAAGCGCUACCCAAAGGUUUCUAGCUCUAUCCUCAUUCAUGUACUCAAAAUGGAGUGUCAUCUCCAUGUGGCGCUUCAUCAGGCAAUAUUCAUUGGGAAUAAUACCAUUAGUGGAAACAUACCUAUUGAGAUCGGCCAGUUGCAGCUUCUACAUGGGUUGAGUUUUCGAAAAAACAACUUCUCCAGUAACAUUCCAGAGCAUAUAUCUAACCUCGAGAAUUUGGAGGCAUUGGAUCUCUCCAGGAAUCAGUUUACUGGAAAUAUCCCAUCAUCAUUUACAAAGCUUAAUUUUUUGGCAGUCUUUAAUGUCUCGUACAAUAAUCUUGAAGGAUCAAUACCAAGAGGCACUCAGCACCAAAGUUUCAAUGCUUCUGCAUUUGAAGGGAACCUAAAACUUUGUGGUCCACCACUUCCAAAUGAGUGUCCAGCAAACGAUGACAAUGAUAAUGCAGGUUACAGCCAAGACCAUACAGAGGAUGAGCAUGAAAAUCUAAUUUCAUGGUUCCACACUUCCAUCAUUCUCGGCUUCAUUGUAGGAUUUUGGGAAGUUUGUUGCCCUUUAGUGCUAAAAAAGAAGUGGAGAUAUGGAUAUUUCAAAUUCCUAAACAGAGCACAAGAUUUUCUCUACGUGAUCAUAAUUGAUUGUGUGUAUGGCAAGAGAAGGCUUAGAAGGUAG